AUGGCCGCAACAACAGCAUCUUCUUUUCUACCACAAACACAAUCCUGUGUAUCACUCUCUGUAGUAACUUCACCAUCAUUGCAUAGACAUCAUAACCAUAGUGACGACGAGGAUUCCGAUCAUCACUCGAGUAAUCGUAAAUCCGUGCAAUUCUCGAGAUUCUUGGUCGUGCAUGAAACAUGGUGUAAUGAUGAGUAUGAUCGAACAUCAAUGGAACCAGCACGUCUCAAUUUUAAAGAAUACUCCGAACUGUUACAACUUCGAUGUGAUUUACGUCGUGAAAUGGAGAAAAUGAGA